AUGUUUCUCUUCAGUCAAGCAGCCGCCUUUAGGGGCCCCAACCUGCCUGCUGUCAUCAGUCCGCCGUUUCGUAGAACUGCGACAGCAGCAGCAGCAACCGCAACACCCGCAGCAACAACAGGUACUGUUGAAACUCCAAAAAGACGAGAUCUUCCAAUUUCUCACAAGCGCCUCCAUCAACACAGAAGCAGAAACAGCAGCUUGACUAGUAGCGCCGGAAGCAGCACGUCCAUUAACACUCUUGACCCCAGCCUGACGGAGGUCAAGGGGCUUCCGUCUCAAUCCCGCUGCUGUCUUCGCUUCUACAGCAGCAACACUAACAGCAGCAGCAUAAGCGCUACGAGCACUACAGAUAGUAGCAGCAGCAGCGGGAGGAGCAGCAACAGUUUGCCUGCUGGACCUACGAGCUCCGGCCUCUUGAGUAGUGGGGAUCAAGGGGAUACCCAGCAGCAGCAGCAAAAUGCAGCUGAGGUAGGUUUCUUGAAGCAGCGAGACAGUCGAGUGUCUCCGUUGCUGCUGCCAUCUCUGCGGCGCGUCUGUCGGCAGCUCCGUUUCCUGUCUGUACACCCCCAUCUGCUAGCAGCUCUUUGCCCCCCUAAAGAAAAAACUCUUCUUGAGCGAACUACAGCACGCCAGAACCGUACACAAGCAGCAGCACAACAAGAAGAAGCAAAGAGGAACAAGGCACAACGGAAAGCAGCUCUGCUGCUGAACAAAGUGUGGGGAGGAGCCACAUACUUCUCCCCCCAUAUUACCAGGGCCGCCUUAUCAGAAGAAUCUACAACAGCUCCAGCAGCAGGUGCAGCCUCACCAGCUGCAGUAAAUGCUGAUACAGCAACUUCACGAACGUCUAGAGCAGUGUCCUCACCUCCAGAAGACCUGCAGCUACCGCAACUGCUAACACGGGUAGCCACGAGAUAUGUGCGCAGGGAAGUGCAGCAGCAUUUGCUGCAGCAACAAGCAUCAGCUCAACAGUCGCCUGUCGGCAUCUCCUCAGAAUCAGCAGAUGCAAGAGCCGCAGCGCCAACAGUAGCAGGAGCGGCAGCAAUACCGAGAUCAGUAGCAGGAACAGCAGUAGCAACGCCGAGCUCAGCAGCAGCAGGACCAGCAGCAGCAGUCGAUGACUUACCAGAGGCUCUUUUUGCAGCAAGUCGUUGGUUGAGUGCAGCAAAGCAGCAAUGCCUCCGGGUGUCUACAGAGCGCACAGUCUGUUUGAUGCUACACGCUCUUAGAACUCUUUCUGACCUUGAAAUGUCCCUGCAAAAAGGCCUUCAUUCUGCUGCUGCUGCUGCUGCAUCUGGAAGCAGUUCCGUUGUUUUUAUGCCUGUCCGUGCUGCUACUCCUGCUUCUGCUUCUGCUGCUGAUGCAGAGGGUUUUGACCUUCAGCAGGUGCUGCAGCUUGGGGAGGAUUUAGUAGAUGCCCUCCAGGCAGAAAAGAAGGAGCUGCUGCAGCAGGGUGCCCGCUGUCUCCGCACUUUCAUUGAACUACAACCGGACAAAAAAAAACCCCAAAGCAGCGGCAGCAGCAGCGGCAGCAGCGGCAGCAACGGCAGCAGCAGCAGCAGCAGCAGCACCCCCCUCUUUCCUUCUCGGCGCCAGCUGCACCAAGCGGCCAAUAGGCUGCUCCCAGGCCACAUGCGACCGUUCCAGAGACCACAACAACAACGUCAGUACCAGCAGCAGCAGCAGCAGCAGCAGCAGCAACACGCGCAACAGCAACAGCAACUGAGGGGGCUUUCGGGCGCCUUUAGACUGGUUCCUGUGGAACAACUUACAGCAGAUUCACUCUGCGCAUCAGGAACAAGCAACAGCAGCAACAGCAGCAGCAGCAACGACGGUCUGCGUCCGGGUCUGCUGCUGGUAGCUCAUCCCUUUUUAGCUGAUGCUUUUGUCCGCGAGUCUGUUGUGCUGCUUACUUCAGUCUCCCAGAAUACUGUUGAGGGAUUUAUGUUAAACCGCAGCUGCAGCAACAGCAGCAAUAACAGCAGCCGCCACAGUAGUAGCGGAAGCAGCACCAGAAGGGGCAUGAAGCUGCUGCAGCGCUCCAUUGAAACGCUGCCCUCUCCGCUGCACCUACUGGCAGCAUGGCAGGAGCGGCAGCGACAGCAACCAGGGAAAAAGCAGCAACAGCGCGAGCAGCAGCAAGAGCAGAGUGGUCAGGUGCAGCAACCCGAUGUGCAGAGGUGCAGCACGGGAGUUGGACAGGGUAGUAGUUGGCUCAGUUUGCUUGAAGAGAACCCCCAGCUGUUUCUAUUGUUGCGGGAGGCACAGGUAGCAGCAGCAGCAGCACAGGCAUCUUGGAGGAAAAAGAAAAAGUUCCUACAACAACAGCAGCAGUUGCUGCACCAAGCGCUGGUCACAGCCUUGGCGCAGCGAGCUGUGCAGACGCUGCCUCUCUCUCCCCACAACAGCAGCAGCAGCAGCUGUAUUAUUGUCAGCACUAGUGGCAGCAAACGUCUUGACGGCGUUGGAAGCAGCAGCAGCAGCAGCACCAGCAGCAGAAGCAGCAGCAGUUACAUACUGCGCGCUGCACCUGCCGGAAGGGCGGAUGCGGGCCCCUUGGACAAACUGCUUUCCCCUGCUUUCUCUGGAGGUAGGCAAGGACGAGAUGGUGGUGCAGUCCGAGAGCAGCAGCAGCAGCAGCAGCGCCAGCAGCAGCAGCUUCUCCUAUGGCUAGAAAAUGGUUUUAAAAGAGAAGGCUGGGAUUCAGCAGCGGCAGCAGGGGAGUAUCAGGCACGGAAAGCCCUUCUUCAGCAACUGUUCUGCUUGCUACAGCAGCUACAGCUAGCUGAAGCGUUCAACCCUCCCAAUAGCAACAGCAGCAGCAGCACCAUCACCAGCACCAGCACCUGCACUACCAGCAGCAGCAGCAGCAGCAGGGAAAGGCUGACUGGAGUUGAAAAAGUGCGUCUCGGGGGCCCCUGUGAAGGCUUUGUAAAGCUAAGGGCAGAGAGAUGGAGAGGGAGUAGAGCAGACGGUGCGCGGGCCUCGAGCUGUCUGUACACCGCAGAAUCCCAAAUCCAAUGCCACGCUGCAGCAGCUGCUGCUGGUGCAGCAGCAGCUGCUGCUGGUGCUGCCGGUGCUGCCGGUGCUGUUGCCGCCGGGGCUGUUGCUCAAGUGAGCGAGAGCGAUCCUUUGUCGGUUAAUGAAAGUCUCUUCUUAGGGAAAAUGGUGUGGAAACAACGGCAGCUGCAACGCGAACUACGGGAGGGCCUGUGGCUGCUGCUGGAGUGUACAGACACCGCAGCGCUGGAGGAGUUGGUAUUUGGCAGCUGCAGCGCAUGCAGCCCCGUCUCGAGCAAGUUCCCCAAGCUAAAGGGGGGGAAGGAAGCUGCUGCGGCUGCUGCUGCUGGGGCUACUGGUGCUGCUGCACCUGCUGUUCCAUGCCCCCUCUGCUGCAGUCGCGAGGUGUACAGACAGCUGCUGGCUGCAGCAGACAAUGCAGAUUCUCCCUUCUUUGCCUCUGCCUACCGCCUCUCCCCUUUAGUUGCUGUUGCGCUGCAGCAAGCAGUCAAUGGCGCCUGA